CCCCGCCCGCCGGGGGGGCGUGCCCGGCGCCGGUCUUGCCGCGGAGCCGGGCUGCGGCGUGGGAAACAGCCCGGAGGAGCCGCCAGCGCCGCCGCAGCGGGAGCCGCGCCUGCCGGGCCCGGGGAGGGGGGCGAGGAGGAGGAGGAGGAGGAGGAGGAGGCCGGCGGGGAGGUCGCUGGGCCGCGCGCGCUUCGCACCCGUGUGCCCGGCCGGGCUGCGCCCCGCGCCGUCUCCGCCGCGAUGAAGCGCCCUUGCGAGGAGACCACCUCGGAGAGCGACCUGGACGAGACCAUCGACGUGGGCAGCGAGAACAAUUACUCCGGGCAAAGUUCUAGCUCUGUGAUUAGAUCGAAUUCUCCAACAACAACGUCUCAGAUUAUGGCGAGAAAGAAAAGGAGAGGGAUAAUAGAGAAAAGGCGUCGAGAUCGGAUAAAUAACAGCUUAUCCGAGUUGAGGCGGCUGGUGCCAACUGCUUUUGAAAAACAAGGAUCUGCAAAGUUAGAAAAAGCUGAAAUAUUACAAAUGACAGUGGAUCAUUUGAAGAUGCUUCAGGCAACAGGGGGUAAAGGCUACUUCGAUGCCCACGCGCUGGCCAUGGACUUCAUGAGCAUCGGCUUCCGCGAGUGCCUGACAGAGGUGGCCCGGUACCUGAGCUCCGUGGAGGGCCUGGACUCGGCGGACCCGCUGCGGGCGCGGCUGGUCUCGCACCUGAGCACGUGCGCCUCGCAGCGCGAAGCCGCGGCCAUGACCUCCUCCCUGGCGCACCACCCGCACCCGCACCCGCACCCGCUGCACCCGCACCACUGGGCGGCCGCCUUCCACCCGCUGCCCGCCGCGCUGCUGCAGCCCGCCGAGCCCGCGCCCUGCCGCCUGGCCGCCCCGGACGCGCCCCCCGCGCACGGCUCCGCGCUCCUCACCGCCACCUUCGCCCACGCCGACUCGGCGCUGCGGAUGCCCGCGGCGGGCAGCGUGGCGCCCUGCGUGCCGCCGCUGUCCACCUCGCUGCUGUCGCUGUCCGCCACCGUCCACGCGGCCGCCGCCGCCGCCACCGCCGCGGCGCACAGCUUCCCGCUGACCUUCGCGGGCGCCUUCCCCAUGCUGCCCCCCAACGCCGCGGCCGCCGCCGUGGCCGCCGCCGCCGCCAUCAGCCCGCCCCUGGCCGUGUCCGCCGCCGCCAGCCCCCAGCAGACCGGCGGCGGCACAAACAGUAAACCUUACCGGCCCUGGGGGACAGAGGUGGGCGCCUUUUAGGGUGCCCUUGAACUUGUCGCGCUGAUAACGGAAAGGGCUGCAUGGCAGCAUCUGCACCCUGAAGGCAGCCAGACAGACGGAUAGGUGUCUGCAGAUCCAGCCAGGAAGAAUAAAGCUAUAUGAGGCACACACCCCUCACACGUGGAAAUGUGGUAUU